GAGCACUAUUACAAACCCUCUUCCAACUUCUUCUACUACCACUACUGUGGCCACUCCACUCGGACCUCACAGAGCUCUGGCGCAAGCAAAAAUCCUCGUCAUGGCUGCAUCAACGGCAUCAAGAUCUCCACAUGCAAGAUGUGCGCUGGUCAUGUGUUAAGAAGCAAAGCGGCAUGCACCGCAUGCAAAGGCACUGGGUUCACAGGGGCCAGAUGUACUCCUUGUGCAAUCGGAGCCAUCUUUGCGUUGAGAACGCUCAUCAAGGAGGUCGCUCUCGACGUCGUGGCUGGAGAUGGCAAAAGAGCAGUAAAUCUCGAGAAGCCAGCUUCGGCAACUAGUGGAACAUUGAGAAGGAAGCAGAUGCCAGAAGCGGAAGACAGCAAAGCAAAAGAAACGAACGACGAGAAUGGUCCAGACGAAGAAGCCGAGACCUCUGAGGGAGGACAAAGGUUGAUCGAAAAUUGGAGAGCAAGGAAG